AUGACUACAAUAGAACACGAGAGAAAUGCACCUGGCACACUUCCAACCCCGAUGCGUAUGCAACGUGAUUUGUCAUCAAGCCCUUCUAUAUCACGUCUCGGGAGCACGGUAAAAACUCUGCAUAUUCAGCAAUGCAUUGCCAAAUAUGAAGAUGAUGAGCAUCCUUUAGAACAUAUGUCCGUUACUUUUGAAGAAGAUAACUUGACAGUUGUAACAAGUGUGCUACUUGGUAAAGGUGGUUUCGGAAAGGUUUUCCUGGCUCGUUCAAAUGGUGGGGAAUCGUAUGCGCUUAAGGUUUCUUCGAAAAAAAUGUCCGAGAAUGAUUGGAAACGACUUAAUGAGGAGGUAACCUUAAUGAGCCACUUUUCAAGGCAUCCAAAUAUUGUUAAGUUUUAUGCAGCAGGUCGCGAUAGAGACAGAGCGUAUGUCCUGAUGGAACGAUGCGCAAGCCGAUCGGUGCACGAUAUUAUUGCUUUCAGUAGUCUUGACAUUCAAGAAAUACUAUGGAUUGGUAAUUCUUUGGUGACUACAGUUGCAUACAUACAUUCGAAAAUGUGUAUCCAUAGAGAUCUAAAACCACAAAACCUUCUCUUUGAUUUUGAUGGUAACUUGAAAAUUACAGACUUUGGUCUCUCGAGCAGAAUUUCCGAGGCUCAGCCUCGUAAAACAGUUGCUGGCACGGCCAUGUACAUGGCUCCAGAAAUGGCUGAGGAGGUCUAUAAACGGAUGACAAAAAAUGGAAACUUGCAGUCCUUGAGCUAUGGCGACGAAGUCGAUACGUGGAGCAUUGGUGUGGUUCUGUAUGUUCUUCUUACGCGGAUGAAUCCAUAUUUAGCCACAAUGGAGGAAAGGGGCGUGCAACUAUUGGAUAAGUCACAAAAAUCACUUGCUCUGUUCAAUGCGGUGGCGGACGCGGCGUGGAGCUGGCCAAAAGGUUGGAAGGGGGACCCUCAAUUAUGUGAGCUGGUAGAGCGAGUUCUUAUGCGCGAUCGAGGUCGGCGCGCCACUCUUCAGGAGGUGUGUGAGGACCCUGUUUGGAAUAGAAGUCCCGUAACAUGCCCACUUUCUCUGCUACAAAAGCUUGACAUGCUUGAACAGCCCAUGAAUCCGCUUGGUCACCUUGCUGAAAAUGUUUUAACCGGACCAAAGAAAACAUUCGCUGCUGUGAUUAAUAAGGGGUUAGAAAGGAUUGAGGUUGUGGAGAAACGCCAUCGCUCACAGUUGCAACUUGAGUAUUAUGAAACAUUUAACAUAUUACUCGGCAUACUAACCUUGUCAAGGAAUGAAAUCGAUGAACGGUUCCUCAUCUUAAGGAAUGAAGAGACAUCCCGUGCUAAACUUCGAAAUCAGUGGUGGGGACGGCGGCAGGUUGGUAGGCGUGCUGGCAGUGUUUCGUUAGUCUCUGACACGUCCAUUCAUGGAUCUGUCGGAUUUCGGAGUCCGCGUUCGGUGCGAAACAGCGUCGACUUGUCUGAUAGCGCGCAUACUGAGCAAGGGGAGAUUAUUAGGGCAAGCCCCGACCAGUACGCUGUGAUUUAUCCUGGCCGCAGCACAGCAACCCGAUGGAGUCUCCGCUCAGUUGUAUCGCUUCCUAGAGAGCUAAACGAAACCAUUGAGAAGGAAUUUCGAUGCUUGAAUAAACAUGUUAUGACAAAACUUACUUCAAUGCCCCAUAGAUACAAUGGCUUCGACUGCAAUGUGUGUGACAGCGGCAUUGAGAAAAUCACCGGCGAAAGACCCGCAUUCCGAUGCUACAAAUGCGAUUACGAUGUUUGUAUGAACUGCGCGUACUCUGGAAAAUUCAAAGAUGUCAAUUUUGUUUGUCCGACAUGCGGGAAAAAAUUUACAUCGUCGGCUAAGCUCCAUUCUCAUUCAUUGAGGUGCCGCGGCCCUAGCAUGAGUCCUUCUCCGCGCCGAUCUUCACGAAUGAACACACUUGUCUGGGAUGAGGUAAAACGCCCUAGCUUACUGGAGGUGCAGCUUCCUGUUGACGACGAUGAGCCAGAUACGCGAAGGAGUCGUGGCUCAGGACGGAAAACGUAUCCCCGGACCUCGACAGGGGGCCGGAUUAGUAUCGGUAAUAGAGAGGUCCCAAGUCCUGAGGACAUGGGUGCAUUGGUUAUGAAGCACCGUGAUGCAGAGUUUCCACGAAUUAGUGCGCUCCCGUCUUCGGCUGGGUUGCGUUCGUCCAAAAAAAAUCACAACAGUUCUGAAAGCCUCAGCGACGCUUCGCUGGAAUCAGGGUCGCAUGUUUCGACUCCAAAUCGUACCCAUGCAAUGAAGACCAGGCGCCAGGAUAGUUUAGCUGGGCCGCAUAAACUCUCUGUGGGUGCCGACGAGGACGGUUACUUGCUGGCGAAGCGCCGGCACGUGGAAUCUAACUUGGAUGAGGCCUCAGCACCUAAGUAUAAUGAAAAUGGUAUGAUCGUUGGAAUAGCGGCGCGACGACGGGCUGAAAGUAUCAGCAUGGCUCCCAUAAGUGGCGCUGGGGUCGUUACCAUUCGUGUCGACACAGCUGACAAACCCAGAGAAGUCUUUAGACAACCUAAGGUUCCACGUAGCGUAUCCAUGUCCAAUGCGCGCGCUAUUAGCAAACCCGGGCUAGAACAGGAGCCAGAGCACGUUAAAGUGCCCCCCUAUCACACCAGGCCUGUUCAGGCACGGGUAGGCAACUCAAACGCAGUGUUUCCAGUACCGCCAGAUGCCUCGACGGCUCAACAUUACUCAUCCCUGCCGCAGGUUCCACAGCGGCGCGCCGGAUCCGUUAGCGGGCACACCGCGAGCGGGGGUCCACCGCUACCCCGUCGAGGCCCCGCCGCGCCGCAGACUCUACCAACACGUCAAUUUGAUGCCGAGGCCGCCGUUCCACGCCAAAACUUCAGUACCAUAAAGCAAUCUCGCAACUCGCUCCUGAACCCGAUGCACGCCCCUCCUCUACCUCGAGGGAUGAGUGCAACCGCAACGCACUUGUCACCCACGCCGAAGCUAGAUAAACCACUAUCAGCAUCUUUGAACGCCAAUAUGGCAUACGUGGCGCUCCCGCAAAAGGAAAAAAAUCGUCAGCAAUUUGUGGAUGACUUUUUGAGAGGUGGUUGGGUGCGCUUUUAUUCCUUUACACAAGAGGAUACCGUCGUGAUGUACUAUUGUUUGCAGCCAGGUCGGUAUGGAGCCAUGUUUCCCACUGAGGCCGGUGUCGGAACAGCCGUGUUAGACAUCUUCUCCAAGUUAGUGCUUUACGUCCCGUGCAUGAACAAUGAGAGUACGAAUAGAAAUCAACCACACCCACAUGUGCAAACUUUCUACGACGAGGAGGUGCGCAUCUUGUCUCUUUCGGAGGCCCAGAGAUAUUUGGGAAGCGUCCUACGCUGCGUUACUGGCUUUAUUGAUGAGAUCACUCGCCUAAAGGCAGAGGGGCUCACUCCUGCAGCAGUUCACUCGGCUUAUAUUCACCAACACAACUUAGAAUCGGUUCCACGCGACACUAAGUUUGUGUACAUUCGAAAAGUUUUCCCAGACCCAUGCGGGACGUUUACGCUUUUCCGUUUAUCAAACUUGCGUUCGCAGGUUGUGUGCAAUGCAAUGUUAGACAUCCGUUGGCAGAGUGAUCGGCGACAUCAUGUUGGGCAGAAAUAUUACGUACAUGCUGAUGGAACAACGGAGCCAUUUGUAGUUGACAACACCGGUGUUCUUUCGCAGGUUGAAGAAGUGUUGAAUAAUAAUUAUAGAAGAUAA